UCACUAGUUUUCGAAUUUCUAAUUUGACAUUAACAAAGAAUAUUUUUAUAAAUUUUUCAGGAAUCAAAAAUAAACUAUAAAUAAAAUCAGCCAAACUAUGGCGCAACCCAACCAUCAAAAGCUUGCGAAACGCAUGUUUAAAAGCGKUAACGACGCGGAAUGCUCGACAGCUGAUGAAAAAAGCGAUCUGAAGACGUUUAAGAAYGCACGGAAUAAAGCUAACACCGCUAAGAUGUAUGCAAGACACGAGUACUCGAAAGAACCUGGUCUGGAGAACUACGCAUUCCGCAAGGAGUUAACAGUUAAACCGAGCGACUACGACCGUAGCUCGCUAAUAUCUGGUUCAACCGAUUCACUAAGUUAUUCCUACAAUCGCAUUUCAACGCGCUUGCGGGGAGGCGUCAACAACCCGGCCGAACGGCGUGUGACGAAUAUUGUWACUGCACCCAGCGAAUGUAAAUCCAAAGCACUGGGUUUGAAUCACUUUACACCAGACACAAAAGUCAAUGUUCUCGAAAUGAAGUUGAAUCUUUCUACCGAAGUAGAGAAUAGUCCUGCUCAAAAGUAUGCUUAUUGCAAAUAUUUUGAAGAGAUUAAGGAGAAAAAGGUCAAAACUCGAGGAACGCAAUCAUUAUAUCGUGAAUCGUCCGCUCAAACUUUGCCCUAUCUUCCUGAAGUUUCGAAUAACGAGCAUGAUUUAGAGCAAAUAGAGCUUUUCAAAUUACCCACCAUUUUGCCUGGUGAUGGCCCUCCCGGUUUAUAUCAAGUCGAAGUACUUGAACGAGCGCGUAAGCGUUGGGCUUUCGCGCGAGCACUGAAAGAAAAUCUGAGACGUCAAAUUGAGGAAGUAAAGCAACAAGCCAAACUGUCGGGCGAUAGUGUUGURUUACAGGCUUUCGAAUGGGAACAUUGGAUAGAGCGCGAAGAGUAUAUACAAGAAUGCCAGAUGUUACGACUCGAAAUACUCAUUGGCAUGUUCAAUAAACGAGAAGAGAAAAUGCAUGCCACCUCAAAAAAACGCAUUGAGUGCAGCUAUGAAGAAAUACUCGCACGCCGUGAUGCUUCGUUGCACAAGAAUCAGGUGGAAUAUGAAAGAGGGAUUCGACAACUGGAGAUCAAACGACGCCGUGUACCAAAGUGUUGGCGCAAAGAGAAUAUUGUUAGCCAGCUCGGUAGUCCGAGCUCGGAGUUUUAUGGACCACAGUUGCGCUACGGCGUCAACCCGGCACGMAGACACUUUCUUGGUGGUCGUAAGGAAUUUGAAGCGCGUAUGGAUGAUUUAGAAAAGCGUGCGGUUAAAUUUACAAAGCUGAUAUGUCCGUUUGCAAAGCUUAAAGAAUGGGCUAAACCCAAGCAACGGCUUUUGGAAAUCGAGCAGAAUUUCUGCUCGGAUGAGAAUCUCCAGAAAAUGUAUGAAACCCUAACGAGUUUACGUAAAAAAGCUGUAAAGCAAAAGAUCAUACCAAAAUGUCUUAUCCAGAAGACCAAGCCGGUUUUAAUAAAUAAAGUUGUAUCCAAAUCAGAGUACAGUAUGGAAACCAAAGUCGAAGAAGACGUUGAAGUUCACGAGAACCCAGAAAAGAAAGCUAGCGAAGGUGAGCUUAAACGCAUUGAAGACCGGAAAUUCCGACAAUCUGUAGAAGAUAAAAAGCAACGAGCACAAUAUCUUUUGCAGGAACUUUAUAAUGAGGAAGUCGAAGGCAUGGUUCAAGAGUAUGAAGGUUGCACAAUAGGGUGGAUUAUGCGUUUCUUGUCAGAAGAAAUGAGUCGCUUGCAAGAGCAACGCCUACUACAUUAUAUCACAAUGUUAGCACAAAAGGAGCGUUGGCGRCGUGAAGCGGCCGAAGCUGGGCUGCGACAGAAAGAAAAUAAUAUGCGUAAAAUAUACGAAGAAGUCUACAAGGAAACCAUGGAUGUUUGUCUUAUUGGCCGCAAAUAUCUGAAUACGAUUUUAGAUACAGAUAUACCGAAUAUUGCCCAUCAUAAAGCAGAAGAUGAAGUAUUAGAUAUGGCACGAACCAUCGACAUAGACAUACAACGCUGGUUAGAUUCACUGCAUGACAUACAAAACCCACUAAAUUAUAAUUCGCUACGCUAUAAACUCAAGAAGAUAAUGUUUCCUGAUUUGAAUGAAAUCUUGAAGCAAAUAGAAAUUAAACAGAUGUUACAUAAUAUUAUCGAAGAAGUGCUUUUCGAUAAAGUUUUCACAGCUUUGGAACCUUACGAUAUAUGUACAUUCUUGGUGAGAGAACUGGUCGAUCGUCUCAUCGAUCUCGAUUUGUACUAYUUUAGUUCAGAAGAAACUUCAAAUUGUUCCUGUCUAGCUUGCGAAUGUGGAGAGAAUGAACGUGAAAUAAGAGCUCUCUUACGAAAAUUGAUACGAGGUGCUGUGCCUGGUCGGCGGUGGAAAACACCACUCGAACGCACAGUCAAAGAAUUGCUAGUUGAUUUGAUCAAAGACGUGGUUGAAGUCACCAAUACCAGAGGAUCAAUAUUCGAAAGUGAUAGCUGGACUCGGUUUUGUAAAUUACAGUUAUCUCCUUCGCAUAUGGAUUUGCGUCAUCCCUCCACCCACGCCCUAAAAGCUCCUUCAUCCACGACUUCUUCGUCAACUUCUAUUAACUUUUUAACUGAUGUGCAUGUACAUGCAGAACAUGAACGAUUUUGGGCGGAAAGUGAAUUUUCAUCUUUAGCUAAAAACAGGGAGGACAUAUCCACUGUCUUUCAGUAUAUGCCGGAAUCCUUUUACUAUGAUCCAGCGGAGACUGCCGACACGGAACCAGACACAUUACCAGCAAAAUUCUUAACUGAAAUCUACAAAGAACUUUUACAUUUCAUUGGACCUGAGGAUGAAAGCGAUGAUAUGGAGCAAGCUGAAGAUAGACAGAGUACCAGCAGAAGCAGCCAAAGUCGUAAAAGCAGUGCUGGUGGCUUGCGAAGUAUAAUGGAUGAAGUAUUUAGAAAAAUAUCAAUACUUGAAAACGAAAGUGAAGCUAUUGAGACUGUUGAACGUUCCAUAUCUUCAGAAGUAUCCAUGCGUGCACCUGUUAAAAUAGAGGAGGAUGAAAUCGCUGAUAUCUAUCAAAAAUCACUACCACUUGAGCUAAUCACUGAUCAAUCAAGUGAACGAUUUUCUUUCCAAUCUUCUGGUGAGAGUAUUGAAGAACCGUCAUUGCAUGAGUUCGAGUUCACCACGAGUAAAKCAGUAAAGGUCGCUUCAAAAACACCAUCAAUAGAUGAGUUGCCGGAAUUAGUAGYACAACCAGAGGAAGCAAUGAAAUCAGAAGAAGAAGCGCACUCAGAAAAGCAUUCCGGGCGAGGCAGUGAUAUAAGCAAGAAAUCCUCUCUACGUAGUCAACGUGAAAGUGGUAAUGUCCCGUCACGUGUACGGAUCAGUGAGAAGUCGGUAAUAGCUGAGUUUAAAAAAUCGCCCUCGCAAAUAAGUGUUGAAAAACCGGCAGGAACGCGUGAGUCUGCUCAUGUCCGUAUCAGUCAGCAAAUCUUUCAAGCCGAAGACAAGUCAGASGCUGACGAACAGCGCAGUUAAUCAAUUAUUACAUUCGUA